AUGAGUCGCACCCUAUAUAUUGUUGCUCGCUACGGUGCGUCCGCGAAAAACGACAUAUUUGCCAACCGGGGUAAUAACAGUUUAAUCUUAGAGGUGUGCGGGCAGCCAGCACGGCUAGACCUGAAGAAGAAACGAUUCAGGUGUGAUAAGGCCGUGGCGGUCAGGAGGCAGAAGAGGCAGAGGUGUGACUGGUCUGCUUCGAUGUUCGUGGGCUCUUUCUUUGCGCAAUCUCGCCUCGAUGUUGAGACCCUGCUGAUCUUCGUGAUCUUCUUCGUCCGGGAGAGGUUCACGUUCCGGCUCAUGCGGCACGAGCUGGGCCUGAGCGCAGCGACCUUCACCGACUGGUCGAGUUUCUGCCGGGAGGUGAUGGUUCACUGGGCUCUUGAUCGGCAGGGUAUGAUCGGCGGCCAAGGAAAGAUCGUCGAGAUAGACGAGAGCAAGUUCGGGCGCCGCAAGUACAACGUGGGCCGAGUGAUUGACGGGCAGUGGGUCUUCGGCGGUAUCUGCAGGGAGACGCGCGAUCUCUUCCUCGUCCCGGUGGAGGAUCGGACCAGCGACACUCUCCUUGCAGUUAUUAAGGAACGGAUCGCCCCGGGGUCGAUCAUCAUCUCCGAUUGCUGGAAGGCCUACAACUGCCUCUCUGACGAGGGGUUCGAGCACCUGACCGUCAACCACUCGUACCACUUUGUAGAUCCGGACACGCAAGCUCAUACGAACACGAUCGAGCGGCAGUGGAGGGAGGCCAAGAGGAAGGUACCGCUCUGUGGCCGCAGGAAGAAGCACUUCGCAGGGUACCUGGCUCGGUGCAUGUUCCUCAUGCACUACCAGGACCUGAAUGUGAGGUUGCAUCACUUCCUGUGUGCUGCAGCGUCGCUGUCCUUGACCAGCCCACCUGGUCAGGAACUGGCAGAUAUUUUCACGCUGAUCACCUUGCAACUGCAGUACCUGGGGAAGAUGAAUAGAUAA